AUGGAGGAAGGCGAAGGUGAGGUCAUUCAUCCUCUCCAGGUGGGAGAAGAAAGAGUUCCUGGGACUGUUGAUGUUAAGAAGAAACUGGUCAAACCCGGUGUUGGCUGGGAAACUCCUCAACUCGACGACGAAGCCACAUUUGAUUAUAUUGGUACUACACUUAGUGGUGGAAUUUUUGAUUCAACAAAAAACCAUAGAAAACCUUUGACUUUAGCGAUUGAUGAAGGUGAAAAUAUGGUUCCUAAUGGGUUAGGAAAUUGCAUUAUGACAAUGAAGAGAGGAGAAAUUGCAUUGUUCACAUUCCCUGCAGACCCAAAUCGUGGACAUGAUGAGGAUUCGCCUCCAAGUUCGGUUAUUCAGGUUGAAAUCAAACUUAUCUCGUGGACUCCUGUUAUUGUUAUAGGUGAAGGUAUUUUCAAGAGAUAUAUAGAGAAAGGCAAUAACAAUGAGAAGCCUGGUGUUUUGGAUGAUGUUCUUGUGAGGUACCAAGCUGAGAAUGAUGGUAGUGUUGUGGCCAAAACACCUGAUGAAGGCAUUGAGUUUUGUGUGAAAGAUGGCCAUCUAUGUCCAGCAUUGCCACUGACAGUUGUAACCAUGCUUCCCGGAGAAAAGGCCAAAUUGGUUGUUCUGCCUCAGUAUGGGUUUAGAGAGGAAGGAAGAAGUGCAAGUGGGAAGUUUCCUGAGAUUCCACCAACUUCUGUGCUAGAAAUUGAAGUAGAGCUGGUGUCCUUUAAAUCAAAGAUCCGCAAGAAAGUUAUUAGAGAUGGCGAAGGACCAAGUGUUGGAGACGAUGGUGCCACUGUUACUGUCACUUACGUUGCAAAGCUAGAGGAUGGAACUAUAUUCGAAAAGAAAGGAGUUGAGAAAGAGGAACCACUGGUUUUUGUAACUGAUGAAGAGCAAGUGAUCUCUGGCUUAGACAAAGCUGUUACAACAAUGAAGAGAGGGGAAAAGGCUGUAUUGACGAUAAGUCCUGAGUAUGGUUUUGGAAAUGUGGAAGUCCAACGUGACCUCGCUAAAGUCCCACAAUGUGCAGUCCUCACCUAUGAAGUUGAAAUGUUAGACUUUGUCAAGGAGAAAAGACCAUGGGAGAUGACUAAUCAAGAAACAAUAGUGGCUGCUAACAGAAAGAAAGAAGAAGGCAAUCUUCUACACAAGAAUCAAAAGUAUCAGCGAGCAGCAAAGAAGUACAAUCAGGCUGCAGAGUGUAUUGCCAAUGGCUAUUUCUAUGACGAUGAAAAGAAGCAAGUCGAGGCUUUGAAAGUAUCUUGCUUAUUGAAUGGUGCAGCCUGUUGUCUAAAACUAAAAGAUUUUUUGAAAGCUACCUGGCUAUGUUCGAAGGCGUUAAUGAUUGACUUCCAAAAUGUGAAAGCUUUAUACAGGCGUGCACAAUCUCUCAUUGAGACUGGAGACUUGGUUUCAGCGGAAACGGAUAUCAAAAAGGCUCUGGAGGCUGAUCCUGAGAACCGCGAAGUGAAGUCCCUUUACAGGACACUGCAACAGUCUAAAGCUGAGAGCUACGCAAGGCUUUAUGCAAACAUCUAUGCAUCAGCUGAAAAACUGGACCUUAUGGAGAUAGAUGAAAAGUCAUGAAAUGUUUAAAAUAGUAAAUGGACGAGGGUUUUUGGAUAUGCUCAAGUAGUGGAAAUAGUUAGUGCGACUCGGACAUUUCUUUUUGUGUAGUUCAUGUAGUUGCUGUUGAGCUUACUAGAAAAUGUUUCAGGGUAGAUUAUGAACAUGGAACCGUGAAACUGGACUAUAAGUC